ACAUGGUGCAGGCAGCGGCGACAGCUGCUAACACCAAGUCAGAAAAGGAAAAAUUAAAUCAGCGCAAAGAAUCGACUAGUGGGCUCCUAAAAAAGGCCAGUGUUACCAAACACUUCCCAUCUACCGUUGAUUUUUUUGGACAGAAGUGCAAGAAUGAAGAUGUGGACAUGAAAAAAAUCGAUAAAGCUUUGAGUGAACAUCAAUCCAAAUACAAACAGCUGGAGAACCUGAUGAAAAAAGAUUGGGACCACUGGACAGCGGAAACCGAUAACACUGCCAAGUCGCUGAAAGCUAUGAGAACUACGUUCGGAACAUCUAUUGGUACAACGGCUGCUAUUCAACACGAAACCCAGGGGCUCCAAGUCAAGACAUCCGGACUUGAAACCGAGAAUGCCACUCUUCGGGACUCGCUCGAAAAAUACAAGCGUUCCUUCGCAGAACAACUCUCGACUCUCGAAAAGAAAGUGGACGCCGCACAUAAACGUACUGCUAUGAAGUCAGCGUCGGGUUUGGCAGAGAAUGUCGAAGCAUUUUCAAAACGUAUUGAUGAACUUUCAUCCGAAUUCGAAAGAUUAUCGAAACAAGGUUCUACAGCGACGCCUCUUAUUCCAGACCCUCAUAUUGAGGACCUGCGAAACAAGUAUUCGGCUUUAGAAGCCAAGAUCCAGUCAGCACAGGAAUCCAAUGGUCAAAACUCGACUUCACUCAAGAAAGCCAUCAAACAAGUGGAUGAUCAUGAAACGCGCCUUAGGGCUGUCAAAAUUGAAGGAUUUUCGAAACGGCUGGAUGACGUUGAUCGUCUCCUUCGUUCUACAGAAGCUCAUCACAAGGGUGAUCACUCGCUCGAUGAACUGAAGAUCCUACUCCCGAAACUCAAAGUUUUGGUAAAUCAUCCACAUCAGGAGCAGUUGAAUGCGGCGGUUAGCCGUCUCGAGACGGGAAUCCGAGACCUGCGAGAUGUUGGUGCUAUGAAGGACGAUUUGUUCUUCGCAGAUAUCGCGGAGUUAAGGCAGACCUUGACGGGACAGUCAAAUAACCUCACAGAUUACUCCAAGGAAAUUACAGAGCUGAAGGGAUCUUAUGGUCGCAUAUCCGAAGAGUUGAGAAGCCUCAGUCAGCAAAAUUCGGCUGCGGCUUCUGAGAGGAUUGCCAAAGUUGAGUCGACCGUCGACGAAACGCAAGCUUUACUCAAUACUGUGAAAAUUGGACUGUCUUCUCUCGAGACUAGGUAUAAUAAUCUUUCAACAGAGCCGAUCGUGAAAAAUAUGAUCUGCGCAAUGCAAGAGAUGUACCCUUCUGCAGGUCAGCUGACCGAGCAUGUUGCCGCACUAAAAAGGCAGUUUGACCAAGAAGUCUCUUUGAUGAAGUCGCAGAUUGACCAGUGUAGACAACAGCAAGCACAACCUGAUCCGAGUUUGCGAAGUGACAUGAACGCACUACGCCAAAAUCAUACGGGCCUUGUACAGUCGGUCAUGCCCUUGGUGCGGCAAUUCCAAUCAGGUUCCUUUGCGACCGAGGGUGAUCUCCAGGGUCUGACACAGAAGGUCGACAAGCACAUUUCAAGGACCGAGAUGCAGCUUAGCUCUAAGAGGGCAGCUGACGAAUUCCUUCAAAGAAGCAUUUGCGCAGAGCGAGAUCAUCUGACCACCAAAUUCGAUGGUCUUGCCGGGGAAUUCGGGCAGCUGAACCAAAAGCAAGACGAUCAAAUCACUUUGAUCAAUCAGCUUACUAGUGACCUUCAUGGGAUCACCACGCAGUGCCAUACUAUUGAUGGCCAGCUGAAGUCUCUCUCUGGUGAUUAUAAAUCUCUAGAGUCAGACAUAGCCGAUGCCAGGGCCAUGGGCACGAAUAAUGAUGAAAAACUCCAGUCGCAUACUAGUGACAUAGCAGAACUCUUUGGGACUACAGAAAAGCUGGGGCAUACCUUCACCGCUCUCCAGGACACAGGCAAAGAGCUACAGAAAACCACACAAUACCUUAAAACAACCACACGAGAACUUGAAGAUUCUAUCAAGCGCCUUGACACAACCACCGAAAACCUUACUGGGAAAGCAGAGGCCCUCGAAGGGACUGUUCACAGUCUGGAGGUGUCCAUGUCGGCCGAUCAUCAGCUCCUCUCCGAGCAGGUCGUUUCAAUCAACGGCCAGGGUUCCGCGAGAGCCUCGCCGGGACCUAGCAAAGCCGGAACUUUCCCAGGACUGUCUGCUCCAGAAGAAUCGAUUGUCCCCAAGGAGGAGAGUCCUGCAGAGUCCGAGCCUAUCAACGGUCCUACGCUUGAUACUAUGGACCUCAACCCGGCGCAAGCUAUCUUGACAAAGUCAAGAAAAAGGCCGCGUCGCUCGUCUGUGGACUCUGAAAGCGAAAGCUCCUCUAUCCGAGUUGGCACACCAGGUUCUCAGUCUCCGGCGAUGUCCAUCAAUGGCGCGUCGGACGACGGAAGAAGUACGUCCAGAAAAAGGCUCAAUAAGAAAGCCAAGAAAAAGCUCCGGCAGAACCCUCUAGAGCCCGGAGCUGAGAAUCGGAAGGACAUUGCGCGGCCGGCGUCAAAAGAUCCUGCCAAGGACAAGUCCAAGCCCCGGUCCAAGGACAAGCCAAAAGACAAAGAGGAGAGAGAAAGACGGAGGCUACGAGUCCAACAAGAGGCCCAGCGACGGAAAUCUAUUCCGAUUGACUAGGAAGAAGCUUUCCGUGCGCCGGGCCCCGCGCCCCUAGAAUCACGAAUGUUUCUUGGAAUUAUGAUUGUUAUGAGUGCAUCUACCCGACCUAUUCGUCCAAUUUCAUUGAGGAUAUUUUUCUUUUACAAUCCUCCGAUACCUUCGUUUCUUUUCUGUGUGAUUAUUACCGAAGCACUGCCUUGAAUAUUUGAGCAACAGUCUAUUUGAUUGUUGCGUUCUGUCCAACCAACUGGAUGGAAGACAGUUACAUGCCAUCCUAUUAUCCUAACACGUGCACUUACUUCAUCGAAACCUUCCUUGCACUUGAAUACCCCGGCACGAAUAUCAAGUAUAAACAUCCCUGCCACUUCUCGGCUCCAAGGCUGUAACACAGUAAGAUUGUGUAUACAUUAGCGGAGCCAACACUCCAACCACCAUAUUGCCCACUCCACAAAU